GACCAUACAGUAGCCUCAGCAAGACAGAAACCGAAACUCGAGCGGAAAUGGCUUCUUUCCGCGCCGUGCUUCGUCACACUCACAUAUACAUAAGCACGUUCAGCUGCUUCACUCCACCGCCGCGCACACCUACUAUGGCGUUAUUUUUAAGUCACGGCGCCACGCGGCACUGUCUUAUUCCCUCCAAACCCUCCAGAACCGUUAAAUCCCGAGCCAGUUCAGACAACUACAACUUAGUGUUGAAGAAAGACGAGCGCUUGGGAACUGGAGAAUGCGUUGACGAGGUUGCAAGUGGGACCACAAUUGCGGCCAUCGUAACUUCCGUGGGAGGCCCACCUGCCGCCGUCGGAAUCGUUCGACUUUCGGGCCCGGGCGCGGUGUCCAUCGUGGGCCGAUUGUUUCGGCCCGCAAGGAAGACGUGGCGGCCCGCCAGCCACGUCGUCGAAUACGGCGUCGUCUUGGACUCCGACGGCAACGUCAUCGAUGAGGUCUUGGCGGUGCCGAUGCUGGCCCCGAGGUCGUACACGCGCGAAGACGUGGUUGAGCUUCAGUGCCACGGCAGCGAAGUGUGUCUGCGCCGCGUGCUUAGGACUUGUUUGGAAGCCGGAGCAACACUCGCUCAACCAGGCGAGUUUACUCUUCGCGCUUUUCUUAACGGUCGAUUAGAUCUCUCCCAAGCCGAAAACGUCGCGAGAUUAAUCGCCGCGAAAUCUGUGGCUGCUGCAGAUGCUGCAUUGGAAGGAAUCCAGGGUGGUUUCUCUUCUCUUGUCAGAUCAUUGAGGAGUCAGUGCAUUGAAUUGCUCACUGAGAUUGAAGCUCGUUUGGAUUUUGAUGAUGAGAUGCCACCACUGGAUUUGAAUCUGACUAUGGAUAAAAUCCAUAACAUGUCAAGAGAGGUUGAGAAUGCGUUGGAAACGGCAAAUUAUGAUAAGCUUCUGCAAUCUGGAUUACAGAUAGCAAUUGUUGGGCGCCCAAAUGUUGGCAAGUCAAGCCUUCUUAAUGCAUGGAGCAAAAGUGAGAGGGCAAUAGUUACUGAAAUUGCUGGAACCACUCGUGAUGUGAUUGAAGCAAGUAUCAGUGUCAGUGGCAUUCCUAUAACCCUUCUUGAUACAGCAGGCAUCAGGGACACGGAUGACAUUGUGGAAAAGAUUGGUGUAGAGCGAUCUGAAGCAGUUGCUAGGGAUGCUGAUUUAAUUAUCAUGACUGUGAGUGCUGUUGAAGGGUGGACAUCUGAAGACACCAAACUUCUUGAAAGGAUUCAAUCUACUAAGGGAUCAACUGGAUCAUCCACCCCAGUCAUCCUUGUGGUCAACAAGAUAGACUGUAAACCUUGUGCUGAGACCAAAUGGGACAAAGGAUGCCAGAGUCAUAUUUUCAGUAAACGUGUGUUUACAUGUGCAGUUACUGGUCAAGGAUUGCAUGACUUAGAGAGGGCAGUAUUACAAAUUGUGGGUCUUGAAGGCAUUCCUGCUGGGGGUCGCAGAUGGACUGUCAAUCAGAGACAAUGUGAACAACUUGUUCGGACUAAGGAAGCACUUGCAAGGUUACAAUCAUCAAUAAAGGAGGAACUGCCUCUGGAUUUUUGGACAAUUGAUUUGAGGGAUGCGGCAUUGUCCCUUGGACAGAUAAGUGGAGAAGAUAUAUCGGAGGAGGUUUUAUCAAAUAUAUUUGGCAAGUUCUGUAUUGGUAAAUAGAAAGGGUCCCAAUAUGUGCUUGGUGAUUUUUAGCUAGUACAUCUCCCAUGGAUUUAAGCCGUGGUGAUCAGUUUUGAUGUAUAUUUCUCAUACCGGUAUUAUCACGUGAAUUGUUGAAUUAAUUUUAGAGUACAACUGCAAAUGAAGUGAUCAAUAUUCAGUAGGCUAAUCCACCGAAGCGAGUUUUUAAUUCGUCUAAUAGAAUUUGGGACAUCAUUGUUUCAUGGUAUCCAUAAAUCAUUUCAUUGAUUCA